AUGGCUGAAGCGCUUGUUUCCACUGUCUUGGAACAAUUGGCUUCCAUCGGUUGCCAACAGGCAGAAGAAGGAAUGAGGCUGAUUGCGGGUGCUAAGCAAGAGGUUGAGAAACUUCAAAGCAACUUCGUGGCCAUUCAAGAUGUGCUUAUUGAUGCUGAGAACCGACAAGUGAAGGAGAAUGCUGUGAGAUUUUGGUUGGCCAAGCUUAAGGACGUGUCUUAUGACAUUGACGAUGUGUUGGAUGAGUGGUACACGAAGCUUCAGAUUUUAAGAAUUAAGAAAGAUGAAGAUGCUUCUAAGCCUCUAAAAAAGGUACGUUCCUUCAUUCUUCACUGUCUCGGUUGUAGGCCAUUGAUUCUGCGUCAUGAUAUUGCUGUCCAGAUAAAAGAUCUUGAUAGAAAAUUAGAUAUUAUUUCUACUGAGAAAGAGAGGUUCCACUUUAGAUCAAUCACUGAGAGUAGUAAAGAACUAGAACGGCCAAUGACAACCUCUGUUAUUGAUUUAACAGAGAUUUUUGGAAGAGACAAUGAUAAGAAUACAAUAAUAGAUUUUUUGCUUACUCAGAGUAGUCAUACACAAGACCUCCACAUUAUCUCUAUAGUAGGGAUGGGAGGAAUUGGUAAGACUACUCUUGCUCAAUUAGUUUUUAAUGAUGAUCAAGUGAACACCUAUUUUGAAGAAAAAAUAUGGGUGUGUGUUUCCGAGCAUUUUGAUGAGCUUAGGGUUGCCAAAGCAAUCCUUGAAUCUCUUAACAAUGAUGCACCAAGCUUAAAUGAGUUAGAAACUGUGGUGCGAAACAUACGUCAACAUAUUGAUGGAAGGAAGUUUCUUCUUGUCCUAGAUGACAUAUGGACUGAAAAUCCCAAACACUGGGAUCAAUUAAAGCACUCUCUUAAGUGUGGAUCUCUAGAAAGUAGAAUUUUGGUGACCACACGUAAGGAGAGCACUGCAAAUGCUAUAGGAACCACCAAAAUAAUACCACUAGGGACAUUAUCUGAGGAAAAAUGUUGGUCAUUGUUUAGUAAAAUUGCGUUUUCAAGAAAAAGCAAUGAAGAAUCUAAUGAAUUGGUAGAAAUUGGUAGGGAAAUUGUUAAAAAGUGUAAGGGUUUGCCACUUGCAGUAAAGACUUUAGCGAGUCUUUUGUGUUUUAAAAGAAAAUUUGUCGAGUGGAAAAAUAUCUUAGAGAGUGAAAUUUGGGAAUUAGAAGAGGUAGAACAAGAGGUUUUUCGACCUCUACUAUUAAGUUAUUAUGAUUUAUCCCCUACUUUGAAAAAAUGUUUCUCAUAUUGUGCCAUUUUUCCAAAGGAUUACGAGAUAGAGAAAGAAAAAUUGAUUAGGUUAUGGAUGGCUCAAGGUUAUGUAAAGUCAAAACCAAAUAAGGACAUGGAGUUAAUUGGUGAAGAGUAUUUUGAGACAUUAGCAAUGCGUUCUUUCUUUCAAGAUUUUAAACAAUAUGAUAAUGAUAUUGAUAUAUUUUCUUGCAAGAUGCAUGAUAUAGUGCAUGAUUUUGCUAAAUUUCUUACCCAAAAUGAAUGUUAUACAAUAGAGGUUGAUGAUAUGAGAGAAAUUAAAUUAGAAUCUUCUUAUCAUAAAGUUAGACAUUCAAUGAUAAUGAUUCAUGGAAAAGCCUCAAGUUUUAGAUGGCUUUAUGGUGGGAUUGAAAGAGAGGUCUCAUUUCCUAGCUCUAUUUAUACUGGAAAUACUUUUCUACGUAGCCUUGUAGUUGAUGUUAAUUCCAUUGAUUACCAUAAGAUAUUUUUGUCCAAAUUAGUUGAUCAGAUGACAUGUCUAAGGUCAUUAUGUUUGAAAGGAUGCUCAAUUAAUGAAAUUCAAGUAGAAAUCAAAAAAUUAAUACACUUGAGAUGCCUUAAUUUGUCUGAGAAUAGAAGAUUAAAUGAAUUUCCUGAGACAUUGUGUGGGUUAUAUAAUCUACAAACCUUACUCAUAGGUUAUUAUAAUAUCGAAAAGCUACCUCAAGGGAUUGGAAAGCUAAUCAACUUGCGACAUUUUUCUAGUUGGUGGACUAAUACAAUUUACAUGCCAAGAAGUUUGGAGCGACUAACUAGUCUACGAACGUUAGAAUAUUUUGUUAUAAGUGAGGGUAGUUAUGGUAGCAAAGCAUGUUCUGUUGAAUGUCUAAAAGCCUUCAAUCACCUUCGAAAAUUAGGUAUAAAAGGGUUUGGAAAUUUGCGAGAGGUGGAUGAGGUUAGGGGAAUAGAAUUAAAUAAUAAGAAAAACUUGCGUGAUUUGUAUGUAGGCUUUGAGGGGAGGAUGAAUGAUGAGCAAAAUCAAGAACUUCUUGAAGAGUUGCAACCACAUCCAAAUUUAGAGAUAUUAAGGCUACGAAAUUAUAGUGGCAACACUAUUUUCCCUAAUUGGAUGAUGUCAUUCACCAAUUUCAAAAAGUUAUUUCUUUGGAAUUGUAUAAACUGCAAGCAUCUGCCUCCUUUGGGUAAGUUGUCAUCCCUUGAAAUUCUUCAAAUUUGGAAAUUGAAGAGUGUGAAAAGAGUAGAUAAUGAGUUUUUGGGAAUAGAGAGUGAUGUCACAUCAUCAUCUACAUCAAUUAUUGCGUUUCCCAAAUUAAAAUAUCUUGACUUUGAGGAUAUGAUAGAAUUGGAAGAGUGGAAUUAUGAGAUUACAAAGAGAGGAGAUGAAGAUAUUAGAGUCAUGCCAUCUCUUCAGACCUUGAAACUUUAUUCUUGCCCCAAAUUGAAGUCUCUACCAAACCAUCUCAAUCAGAUGACAACGUUGAAGAAGGAAAUUUAUGGAUGUCCGAGCUUAUUAUCAUCUUUGCCUAAUACUGAUCAAGAAGAUAUUGAUCUGAUGGUAAAGCUUAAUUUUGAUGCAUACCGUUUUUCAAAAUUAUUUGAAGAGGGAACUGGGGAAGUAAAUCAGCUAGGAGUUGAUUACUACAAUAGAUUGAUUGACUACAUGGUUCAAAAAGGGAUUACUCCAUAUGCAAAUCUAUAUCAUUAUGAUUUGCCAUUAGCUCUUCAAGAAAAGUAUAAUGGCCUUCUCAGUUGUGAUUUUGUGAAGGAUUACGCGGAUUAUGCAGACUUUUGCUUCAAAACGUAUGGGGAUAGAGUUAAGAACUGGUUCACAUUUAAUGAACCAAGAGUUAUUGCAGCUCUUGGUUUUGAUAAUGGCAUAAAUCCUCUUUCAAGGUGUUCUAAAGAAGCCGGAAAUUGUACCGCGGGAGACUCUGGAACUGAACCCUACAUUGCUGCACAUCAUUUGAUUUUAGCUCAUGCCGCAGCAGUUGAAAGAUAUCGCGAAAAAUAUCAAGAUAAAGAGCAAGGAGGAAGGACUGGAAUUCUUUUGGAUUUUGUUUGGUAUGAACCUCUGACUAGAUCAAAAAAGGACAGAUAUGCAGCUGAAAGAGGAAUGCAAUUCAGCCUUGGAUGGUUUUUACAUCCUAUUACAUAUGGUGAGUAUCCAAGAAUAAUGCAAGAUAUUGUUGGAGAUAGGCUUCCCAAGUUUACGGAAGCAGAAGUUCAAAUGGUGAAAGGCUCCAUAGAUCUUGUUGGUAUUAAUGUAUACACUGGCUUCUACAUGAUGGAUCCUCCAUGGCCUAAGUCCAAUAUCACAAGUUAUCAGAAUGAUUGGAAUCGAAAUGGAAAAUUCUGA